CAAGCCGCAGCCAGAACGGAACCCUUGUUUAUUUCAACGCGGAAGUAGUGGCCUUUUAAAUCUUUUUGUGGGGUGCCGGGGAUAAAUCUUCUUGGAAAUAAUGCAAUGCAAAAGAAUAAAAGAGAGGGCAAUAAAAUAAGAUCCCAUAUGCGGGGGGAAAGGUUGCACGGCUCCUUCAGGCUGGAGACGGGGCGAGCAGCACAAGCCUUUCAUUAAAGCAGCCCCCAGGACUCAAUGGCCAGCCCGGUGCAUGGAUGCACAAGUCGGGAUUUUCUGCAAUGGAGCCAGCGGCGAUGAAUUGCACCGGGUCCCCUGCUGCAGAGGCGGCCUCUUGCAAUGGGGACCCUCGGAGGCAACCCCGGCAGCAGGCUGUCCCCGGCUUCUGGACGGCGGUGUUCGACUACGAGUCGACGGCGGACGAGGAGCUGACCCUGCGCCGGGGUGACCUGGUCGAGCUGCUGUCACAGGACUCCACCGUGUCCGGGGACGAGGGCUGGUGGACGGGCAAGAUCAAGGACAAGGUGGGCAUUUUCCCCAGCAACUACGUGAGUACCCGGGCGCAGCUCAGCCGGGACUACCCCUCGCCUCCGGUGAUCGACUUCAGCGAGUUGCUUCUGGAGGAGAUUAUCGGCGUCGGGGGCUUCGGCAAGGUGUACAAGGGGCUCUGGAGGAACGACGAGGUGGCGGUGAAAGCGGCCAGGCAAGACCCGGACGAGGACAUCAGCGUGACCGCAGACAACGUCCGCAAGGAAGCUCGGCUAUUCGGCAUGCUGAGGCACCCCAACAUCAUCCUCCUGAAAGGAGUGUGCCUGAAGGAGCCCAACCUGUGCCUGGUGAUGGAGUAUGCCCGAGGUGGAGCCUUAAACCGGGCGCUGUCUGGUAGGAAGGUGCCUCCUCACGUCUUGGUCAACUGGGCAGUGCAGAUUGCAAGAGGCAUGAACUACCUCCACAACGAAGCAGUGGUCCCGGUGAUUCACCGGGAUCUUAAAUCCAGCAACAUUUUGAUUCUCGAGAAGACGGAAGAUGAUGACCUCACCAACAAAACCCUGAAGAUCACGGACUUUGGAUUGGCUCGGGAGUGGCAUCGGACAACCAAGAUGAGUGCAGCUGGGACCUACGCUUGGAUGGCUCCUGAAGUCAUCAAACUGUCCUUGUUUUCCAAGAGCAGUGAUGUGUGGAGUUUCGGAGUCCUGUUGUGGGAGCUGCUGACGGGAGAGGUGCCGUAUCGGGAGAUCGACGGGCUGGCUGUGGCUUACGGAGUGGCAGUGAACAAGUUAACCCUUCCCAUCCCUUCCACCUGCCCUGAACCCUUUGGCAAGCUGAUGGAAGACUGCUGGAAUUCGGACGCACACAGCAGACCCUCCUUCAGGGACAUCCUCACUCAGCUGGUCGCCAUCGAGCAGUCGGCCCUCUUUGAGAUGCCGCUGGAAUCAUUCCACUCGCUGCAGGAGGACUGGAAGCUGGAGAUCCAGCAAAUGUUCGACGAGCUGCGGACGAAGGAGAAGGAGCUGCGGAGCUGGGAGGAGGAGCUGACCAGGGCUGCGGUGCAGCAGAGGAACCACGAGGAGGUGCUGAGGCGGCGGGAGCAGGAGCUGGCCGAGCGCGAGAUCGACAUCGUGGAGCGCGAGCUGAACAUCAUCAUGCGCCAGUUGUACCAGGAGAAGCCCCGGGUGAAGAAGCGGAAAGGAAACUUCAAGAGGAGCCGGUUGAAACUCCGGGACGGAAACCGGAUCAGUUUGCCAUCUGGGUUUGAGCACAAGAUCACGGUCCAAGCCUCUCCCACGGUGGACAAGAGGAAGGGCCAGGGGCCCGAUGGGCUGACACCCCCUGGCAGCCCUCUCAUCAUCCCCAGGCUCCGCGCCAUCCGCUUGACACCCGGAGAGGGCAGUCAGACCUGGGGCCGGAACGCCGUGUACAAGCGGGAGGAGUUCGAAGCUCACAAGAAGAAGGGGCGGACCUGGGGACCCAGCUCGACGCAGCCGAAGGAGCGGCUGGGCGGGGAAGAUAGGUUGAAGUCUCUGGGAGACGGCAGCAGGUUCUGGUCAUCCAGUGCUCCGAGUUUGGGGAAAAGUCCCCGGCACCUUCCGAUCACCAUGGGAUUCGCCAGUCUCACCGAGAUGGAGGCCCAGACUCCCAGCACAGGAGGAUUCCACCACCCACUCCAAUCUCCAGGCUUCCAGGACAGCGAGGGAAGCACAGUGGACGAUAGCCCAGCCGUACAGCUGGGACUGGGUGACAGCCCAGUGCGGGGCACCCAGCGGCGGAGGAGGGACCUGGUGCUGCUGGGCUGUGCCAACGUGCUGAGCUCGGUGGGGCUGGGCGUGGACCUCCUGGAGCUGGGGAAGCAGCAGAGUCUCCAGGACGAGCAGGAGGCCAGGGAGGAGAGGAGGAGGUACGAGGGGAUCUUCCAGUGGGCGGGACGCGCCCGUUGUUCCAGCAGCCCCACCAGCCGGGUGUCGGGCAGGAAGGAGUCGUCGGUCCUGCCCUCUCUGGAGGUCUCCUCCUCCGUCACACUCCUCUCCCUCUCCUCCUACUCUGACUGCAACUCCACCCGCUCCCUCCUGCGGUCCGACAGCGAUGAGGGCAGCGCCCACGAGAUGCCCGGUGCCUCUGAGGGACUGACCCAGACCCCCUCGGCCCAGCACGGAAACCCUCUGGUGGACCUGGCAGUCGAGAGCUUCAAGAAGGACCCCAAGCAGUCCCUCACCCCCACACACGUCAGUGCGGCAUCGGCUGUCAAGCGGGGGCACAGGAGGAUCCCGUCAGACAGCGCCAUCCGGCAGCAGCCACAGGGCCAGGCACACAGGAGGACUCCGUCGGACGGCAGCACGCAAAACCUGACAGGCGCGGGUCUUGCCAAGGACCCCACCGAGAUCCCUCGCCUCCCGGACCCUGCCUCCUUCCUGCCCCCCAUCCUGCGGCGGAAGGCCUCGGACAAGGACGCGGCACUGGAGAGGCCGAAGACGCUGGAGUUUGCGCCCAGGCCCAGGCCUCUGGCGGGGAGGCCUCGGAUUGACCCCUGGCGUUUCGUCUCCUUCACCCGGACCCUCAGCUCCUCGCCGGCCAGUAGCACGGAGACCCCCAGCAACACCGACUCCGGCGGCAGUGCAGCCGAUGAGAGGCUCGGCACCUCUGGCCUGUCCGGCUCGGACACGGGCCGCAGCCUGCUGGACAUGGACAUCGAAGGGCAGACGGCGGACGGGACGGUGCCUCUCUGCCGGGCCGACUUGGCUCCUCACAAGGAGUCCAUCUACAGCAUGGAGGAAGGCCACAUGCGCUGAGACCACUAGGCCCUGAACCCGUUGCCCCGGCAACCAGCUACCUAACACACGGCGCCUUGGCCCUCUGACCGUGCAUUGCUGGCAUCUGGUGUUCUGAUUGGACGGUUCAAAGCUUUGAACCGUCCAAACUGAGUGCAAGAUCAAACAUCCCAGCUACCUGAUUGGAUAACGCACCAUCCAAUAAUAGGGCUCCGAGUAGUUGGGCCUCAAUGGUCAAAUGUUUAGCCUCAGGGUGACGAUAAUGGUGCGGAUUUGGCCACAGCAAACUUUCUGUCACCCUGUGGGAAGGUAUUUCAGUACGAGAGCCUUCCUGAAGCAGGUUGUGGGGGCUGCCAUCUCUCCCUCUGCCUUGGCCUGGUGGUUUCAUUGAAUAAGGCCUACCGCUCCCCUCGAUCAAACACGGGUCAAAGGAAGUGGUGUAGUUGGCCGCCUUCCAUCCUCCUAGUCAUGUUCAGAUGAACUUCCAGCAUCCAGGUAUCCCAGCGCUAUCCCCAGAGAGGCCGACAUCCCUGCUGUAUGAAGUAAUUAAUUUUCCCUCAUUUCCCCUUGCACUGACCCCCUACGGUUGAAGGGGAGAUGGUUCCUGCUGCAGAACCUUGGGGCACACCAUGACGUAGAGACCUACUCCCAGGCUGACGGAGAGGUACUGCCUCCAGUCAAGAAGGUUUUUCCUCAGCUGCCAUUGACCUACUGUCUAUCUCCCCCAAAUAGCAGUGGGGUUGGAGACAUGGGGUUAUUGUAGCAUCUAGGAUUGGCACACCAAAGUCUGAAGCUAAAGAACCAUCAGCAAGCCAUGCUGUUUUGGGGUAAAUUGUUCAUGAAGUUGUCCUACAGCCUGUCAACACCAGGUUACAAAGUGAAAGCAGCCAUUUUGUUUGGGGAGGAAAUUCAAUAGUUUGAGGAGGAGCUCAGCUGAGGUCUGGGCUCCUGGAAUUUGGCCUUCCUGUAGGUUGGGGAGUCCAUCACUGCACAUGUAGAAACGGGGGGCCUAAUGGGGGUUUCAGUGGUGGAGGUCAUUAACUGGGGAAAGACAAUGUGGCUUGGAGUCUGGCCUGCCUCGAGAACACAGAUCAUUUCUACAAGGUUUUCAGCUGAGAUGUUAAACCAAAGCUUUCAGGUGGAUGUAGAUUCCCCUGGCUAUUUGAAGAAGAGUAGGGGAAUUCUCCCUGACAUUCUGGGGCAAAUAUUUAUCCCUUGACCAACAUCACCAAACCAAAGGAUCCAGUCAUCGUCAGUUUGAGCUUUAUGGGAGCUUGCUGUGUACAAACUGGUUGCUCUUCUGACAUCACAACAAAAGCACUUCACUGGCUGUUAGCAUUUUGUAUGUCCUGAGAGGGAUGUGAGAGGUGCUUUUAGAAAUGCAAGUUUUGUCUUUUCUAAGUCAAAUCAGGGGGUUUUUCAUUUAUUUUGGCUGAGAAUUCAAACUAUUGAAUUUGCAUAGUGAAUUAGCUAAUUAAUAAUUCACAUAAUUUACAGUAUAUAUUUUAAAGCAUUAAACCAAAAACAAGUUGGGCUUGAGAUCCUCCAUCCCCUCCUCUCUUGAUUGCAACCAGUCAGUUGGACGAAAGACGGAAAAAUCUUGGUGAAUUGGCUGUUGAGUGGAAAGGGGGGAUAACAUUGACCAGUAUCGAUGCCUCCAUACAACCUGGGCAUUCGUCUGCAUUGGGUCUUGGGGUUGUUGGUCAGAGUCUGAAAGGAGGAAGCCACUGAGUGCCAAUUUCUCCUAAAGGAAUUCGCAAACACAGCUCCCAGUCUGAGAAUAAAAUGAAACAGAAAAGGUGAAAGCUCAAAAGGAGUGUCAUUAAUUAUGGAAAGAGGGAUUUGCAUUUCUAUAGCACCUUUCACAUCUCUCUCAGGAUGUCCCAAGGUGCAUUACAGCUAAUGGUGUAUUCUUGUUUAGUCACUGAAGUAACAGCAAUGAGUUUUUGCAAAAUAGGUCCUGCAAACAGCAAUAUGAUUAUGGCUAGAUAGUCUGUUCUAGUUAUGUUGGUUGAGGGAUAAAUAUUGGGCCAGGUCUUCUUUGAAACUGAGAUGGAAGGACCUGAGAGAGGAUGAGUCUCGGUUUAACAUCUCAUCUGAAAGCUGACAUCUCUGAGAGAGCUGAUCUCCACUCCACAGUCUAGGAUUGGCCCAGGUGUCUCUGCUCAAGCUCUGUGGUCAAUCUUAACCCAGAGCCUUCUGCGUUGUAGGCAAGGGAGUGAGGAGGUGGAAAUCAGAGGGAUAAAAGGAAUAGAUAAACGGAUAAAGGGGAUGCUAGAAUGGCUUUGUAAAAGAUGAAAGGGAGUGAGAAAUCUUGUGGAAGCAGGGGAAUGAUUCAUUGUCUCAAUGCCACUAAUGUAGUGUUGGAGAAAUUAGAUGGAUUAAAAAAAAAUGUUAGAUGCCAGAGCUGAAAAUAGAUUGAAUACUCUAAGGUUAGAGAGAACACAGACUUUUGCCCGAACCAUUCAUACCUUCUUGAAUAUUACCCUGAAAUGUUACAACUAUUGCCUUCAAGAUGAGGAAGGGGGGAUAAACUCAGUAACUCCAGUACUACAAAUGUUACUUGUGAAGAAGUUGCGAGAGGGUAUAAUUUGGGACAAUAUUUUCAUUUGGAGGAACACUACUGAUUGUGUCCGAUGUACACUUUGAAAUAACACACGGUGGGUGAAGCUGCAGUGGAAGUUGUAGAUAUGGACUUCUGUGAAAAGUGUUUGAUAAAAGUGCUACACUAAACUUAAAAAUUAAUUUCAAGCCUAGAGAGUAAAUUAAUGUGGAUACAAAAUUGGCUAAAGUGCUAAAAACAGAAAAUGUGGUUGUGGGUUUUUUAGACUGGAGAGCUGUCCUCCUCAGGAAAUUAGGGCCACCACUGUUUCUUUAUAUUAAUGAACCUGAAUUGGAUGUAGAGCACAGAACUUCAAAUUAUCGGGUUAACUCAGAAAUGACAUAAAUUGGAAAACAGCAGAGCUCAGGAGGGUGUAAACAGGCUGACAGAAGAACCAGUCCUGGGCAGGGGAAAUGUAAUGCAACGGUGUGGCGAUGACUCAUUUUGAAAAGAAUAACGAGAAACUGAAUGGUCCCAUUAUCCAGGAAGGGAGGUGCCUGUGAGGCGGGUCACCAGACUCCAGGUUAAUAAUGUUUCUUUAAAUAGAAAGCUCAGGACCACAACAUUUAUUUGCAAGUAAAUAAAUGAAGGAGAAAAAAAAUAAGGAAAUAAUGAUAGACAUUUAUAAAACUCUGGUUAAGCCCUGCCGGAGUCCAAUUCUGAGUGCCAAGCUGUAGGAAGAAGGGUGCAGAGAAAUUCAUUAGAUGGGGAAACUGGAGGAGCUGGGAUUGCUCGUUUUUUUUACGGCAGAGGAGGUUAAGGGGAGAUUUGAUAGAGCUAUUCAAAAUCACAAGAAAUUUGGAUAGAGGAGGCAAAGGGGAACUGUUUCCAGUGGCAGGAGAGUUGGUGACCAGAGGGACACAGAUUCACAAUAAUCAGUGACGACCUGGCACGGACUUGAGGUCCUGAUAAGCUGCCUCCUUUGCCAUAACAAUUUGGAUUUGUAACAAUCCUACAAAAAGUAUCAGAGGGGGAGUGUAUUUACACAGGGAGAUGAUGUGGUGGGAAGAUGCUGCCUAAAAGGCAGUGGAAUCAAAUUAAACAGAAAGUCCCAGAAGCAAACUCUGCAGCACAGGAGACUGUUCAUUCUGUUGUGUCUUGUGCCGGCUCUUUGGAAAAGUUCUUGAAAAGAAAAUAUCUGUGGGACGAUGCGGAAGAGAGAGGGAGUGAGACUAAUUGUGGAACUUGCUUUAAGGAGCAAAGGGAACAGGAAUUGAAUUCCAAAUACCAUUGCCCUGGAAAAGUCCAGAAUUAGUCUCUGCGUUGGGUCACUUGAUAAACUGUGCAGCAAUGCACCUGUCUAAUUAACCUACAAAAUUAAACUUUCCCAAGGUUAAGUUCGGCUGACUACGUCACUAGAACUUUUCUGGUUUCUGGGGCUAAGUGAAUCCUGGAGAACUGGUGUGGGCAAAUAUUUGCACACAUCUUUGAAGGUGCUGCUUUUAGAAAGGAAACUACAUACACACCUUUAUAAAUACAGCUCUUAAUCAAUUAGCAAUAUUUAUUUAACAAAUCUUACUACAGUGAAGGACUUGAUUUAGUUUGUCGCUUAAUAAAGGUUUCAUUUGCUACAGUGCCUGGUAGGGAACACAUUUGGACUCAAGUCCAUAAAAAGCAGUAAAGUUUGGUCUGGUCAGUGGAAGGAAUCUGUUAAAUAAACAAGCUAUUUAAAGUAAGGGGAAAAAAUCUCUCUCGAGCACCUGAACUCUUCCAUCUGUUAGUAAUGACCAUUGGACAUAUUUCAGUUUGUGAAAACAGGCAUGUCUUGCUUUUGAUUUACUAUAUCCUUCCAGGAUGGAGAUUGACUAAAUCCAGACAACUUUUUCCACCAUCUGAAUCCCCCGCUAAAGCUAACGGUUUACUCUAUCCCCUGCUAUCAGACUUUUCUCAUCGUGGAUUAUUCCCUAGGAGCCUAACCUCUUCAUUAACAAAGUGAGAGCUGCAAGGAGAAUUGGUGUUAAACUUUUAUAAAAAUGACUGGCACGGCCCUAGAUGGAGUAUUAUGUCCCUUUCUGUACAUCACAUUUCAGAAGGAGUUUGAGGUGAGAAUGUCAACCCCUGUACAAUAGAAGAGGGAAGAAUAUUAAAGAUUUUUCAUUUGAAUUGGGACAACCAGUGCAAUCUCAGUCAGGUAACGCUAAUUAAAAAUGUAAAUUGUGUAAAUGAAGGUAAAUAAUAUGCAACCAUCUGCGUGUGCACUGUAAGGACGUGUUGUGGAUGCAGAAAACUUCAUGGCAGAUGUAAAGAAUGAUGUUUAAAUUUUUAGCUCUGUGUAAAUACUUGUAAAUUAUUAUCAAGAAUUUGCCAGGUUUUAUUGGCUGAUUUAUCCUUAAGUUAUACUGUGAGAGGAAUGGUGAAUCCGUGAUUUGUUGAGGAAAUUAAAACAAU